GACCGCAAACUCUUCCGUGACUCCUCUGAAAAAUAAUCUCUCCCCCUGUUUCUCUCUCUCUCCGUUUAUCUCAAUUGAGUUUCCAGUCCUUUUGUUCGCUCUUCUUAUCACUUGGAAAAAGGUGAACCCUCGUGUUAUUUUUAUUUUAAUCUUUGCUUUAAUUGUAGUUUUUACCCUUGUGGUCCCUGAUGGCUUCGCACAGUGAUACUCUGGUGGUGUUCUUUGGGGCAACAGCUGGUGCAAAUGGGGGUAAACUGGGUUCGGAUGAGAGGGAAAUAAUUCUCUUGGUGUGGCAAAUUGUGGAUCUACAUGAGAAAAAGGUCGGGGAGCUUCAUAAAUGUUAUGUUAAGCCAGACUCUUUGGAGCUGACAGACCAGUGUAAAGAGGAGAUAGGACUGACUCUGGAAGACAUAGUCAAAGCUGAGCCUCUGGACAAAGUUCUGCAACAGUUCCAGCAGUCAGUGUCAUCAGAAGUGAAGUGUCUUGGCAGGAGCUCUUACACACUUUGUGUGAACAGUCCUCUUGUCAUUCGACAAGCCCUCCACCCCGAAGCUUCGAAAAAGAAUCUUGUCCUUCCUGAAUGUUUCUUCUCGUUUGUGGACGUGAGAAAGGAGUUUCACAAAUGCUGCCCAAAUGCCGGCCCUGCACAGAAGCUCACGCUCACCUCCAUGUUGGAAUGUGUUGGUCUUCCUGCUGUGUCGGAGCAGAUGAUGGGGGUGAGGGAGGUGAUGAGCAUGGUGCAGCUGACACUGUGCAUCCUGGAUGAGCCCUACAAUCACAAGUUUAGCUGUGUUGAAACUGUGAAGUACAAGUUCGACUCUGGCACAUGCAGUAAGACAGAGCCGGUGGACAGUGAGACGGUGAUCAGAGCACGAGGGCUUCCAUGGCAGUCCUCAGACCAAGACAUUGCUCGCUUCUUUAAAGGCCUCAAUAUUGCCAAGGGCGGUGUGGCCUUGUGUCUAAACGCUCAGGGCAGGAGGAAUGGCGAGGCCCUAGUUCGCUUCAUCAAUUCGGAGCACAGAGACCUGGCCCUGGAGCGCCACAAACACCACAUGGGCAGCCGCUACAUUGAGGUCUACAAAGCCACAGGAGAGGAAUUCCUCAAGAUUGCUGGAGGUACGUCUAACGAGGUGGCGCAGUUCCUGUCCAAAGAGAACCAGGUGAUAAUCCGUAUGCGAGGGCUGCCGUUUACUGCCACACCACAGGAAGUGCUUUCCUUCCUUGGUCCCGAGAGCCCAGUUACAGACGGUGCUGAGGGCCUGCUGUUUGUCAAGUAUCCUGACGGAAGGCCCACCGGCGAUGCCUUUGUGCUCUUCUCUUGUGAAGAGUACGCCCAGAAUGCCCUGAAGAAGCACAAGCAGAUCUUGGGGAAGCGUUACAUUGAGCUGUUUCGGAGCACUGCGGCCGAAGUGCAACAGGUCCUGAACCGCUACAUGUCCACACCUCUGAUCUCCACACUGCCCCCCUCACCCAUCGUGCCUGUCCCAGUCCUCGCCACGCCUCCCUUCCUUCCAGCAGCCAGCAGCACUCGAGACUGCGUGCGCCUCCGUGGUCUGCCCUACACUGCCGGCAUUGAAGAUAUCCUGGAGUUCAUGGGGGAACACACCGUCGACAUCAAACCUCAUGGAGUUCACAUGGUCCUCAACCAACAGGGGCGGCCCUCUGGUGAUGCCUUCAUCCAAAUGAAGUCAUCUGACAAAGCGUUUAUGGUAGCCCAGAAGUGCCAUAAAAAGACAAUGAAGGACCGGUACGUCGAGGUCUUCCAGUGCUCCACAGAGGAGAUGAGCAUCGUCCUGAUGGGGGGAACAUUGAAUCGCAGCGGCCUCUCGCCUCCACCCUGCAAACUUCCCUGUCUGUCUCCCCCCACAGCCUAUGCUGCCUUCCCCACUCCACCUGCCAUUCUGUCUGAGGCUGCCCUCUACCAGCCCCCUCUGUUGGCUGCUCCCAGACCUCCUCAGACUACUGCUCACAACCCCGCUCACACUCUGGCCUAUUACCCUCCUCAGCCACAUCUCUAUAUGAACAUGAACAUGAACUACACUGCGUACUACCCCAGCCCCCCAGUCUCUCCCUCCACUGUGAGCUACUUUGCAGCGCCACCAGGAGCAGUGGCAGCAGCAGUUGCAGCUCAGCCCCACCCUGCUGCAGCCGCCGCCUCUCCUGUGCUGCCCCAACCCGGUGCCCUGGUCAGGAUGCAGGGUCUGCCCUACAAUGCCGGAGUCAAAGACAUCCUCAGCUUCUUCCAGGGAUACCAGCUCCAACCAGAUGCCGUUCUCAUAUUGUAUAACUUCAGCGGCCAAUGCAGCGGCGAGGCCUUGAUCACGUUCCCCAGUGAGGAGGUCGCCAGGCGGGCUGUAGCCGAGCGCAGCAACCAUCCUUUCUACGGCCAGCAGAUCCACUUGGGCUUCUGUAACUGACCACCAGCCCUCCAUCUCCCUCAGUUUAUCACCCCACAGAAGAACAGUCUCUGUUCUCUUCCAGACACUUUUCCUCAAUUCCUAAAUCUAGUAGAUCUGAGUGCCUUGUAAAACCCCUACUAAACCUCUCCCUCUUCCACGAUCUGCUAGCCCUGACACACACCCAACGCCGCUGGUCCUGACACUCCUGAAGCUGCUGAUGGAGUUUGAGCAUCCGCAGACGGAGCAACUAAAGUCUGUAAAAGUUCACGUCAGGCGAAUGACUCUGAGGAUGUCACGUGUAGCCUUUCUGUGUAUUCUAAAAGCUGGUUGUGGAGAGGAGACGGUGUGGAUCAUAUCAGUGGCUCUGCAAAGCCAAACAUGCAGGUAUAUUUAAAUACUCUAUGUGUGUGUGUGCCCCAUUAAACUGUACAGAUGUUCUUCCUGAAAUGCUUGAGGCCGUUAAAACCACUUCUACACACAAUCUUGUCUGUAUAUUUCUAAAUUUUCACUCUUAGGAAUCUUUUGUGUUAGUUCUAUGCAAACACAGCUGUGUGUAUGUGCAGGCUCGAUGUUUAUUAUUUGAUGGCCUCCAGCAGUGUCGUGGUGGGAUUGAAAAAAGAAAAGAAAAAAAAAAGCCAUAAAAGUGACUUGGACUACUGGCAGCAGAGUGCGACAGUACAACUGUACCGUUGGUCUGUCUUGGAUUCAUUUAAAUUGCUUUGAGCUUCAGGGACUACUAGUUUAUUCUACACUACACCACAGCUGUGCCAACUAAUAGGUAACUUUAUUUUUGUUAGUUUUUUUUUCUGUAAAAAGCAUUUAUGUAUGAUAACAGUAAGUCAUUUUAUUUUCUUUCUUCCAAGCACUACAAUUAUUAUUAUUAUUGUUUUUGUUUGUUUGUUUGUUUGUUUUUCCUCUCUAAUCAAAGAGUUAAGAAACCGAGCAUCUUUACCAGAGUAGCAAGACAAAUUGAUCCUAUUUUUAUGAAUGCAAUUUCUUUACGAAAGUUUAGUGAAUACAUGUGAAAGGACAGAAGUGAAUCCGGAAGUCUUUUGUAAUGAUCAACGUUCACUGCUGUAUCUGUUCCGUUCUUGUUUCCAGACUGUUUAUGACCAUCGAUCUGUGGCAUGCUUUCAUUCCUGCUUACAGCCACAGUAUUGUGUAAAGCUGCGUGACUUUUUCCUGUGACAGGCCUUAGUUUUUCACCUUUACUGUGCCUACAUUACCCAGAGUGCAAUACUGGCCCAUAUGGGGCCAGAUCAACCUCUGGUGGCAGAGGAGCUAUUUGUUUCUUUUGAUGCAAGUUUGAGACUUGAAUUUAGAUCUGUGUACAAACUGUAAACAAUAAAAAUGUUGACAAUGA